AUGAGGCUACUCCUUGCCUAUCCCGUAAGGAUCGGUUCUCACAUUAGUAGGGAUAGCACAGGGGAAGCGUUAAAAUUAACUGAAUAUGGUUCAAAUUUUGUAUGUAACGAUUUUAUCGAUAAUGAAUAUAUCAGAUAUGAAGCAAUGCUAGAAGGCAACAUUUCAACAUUUCUUGAUAUGAUUUUGAAUUAUUAUAAGGCAAAAUCUUUUAGAGAGUUUAGGGGAUAUAAUGAAGUAGCGUUCCAGACCGCAGUCGAAUUACUACUUCCCAUAAACCAUUGGUGUUCUGAAUUACGUCUCGUAAUAGAUAGUUCAAAAAUAUCAGGCGAAGGUCGCUUUGGCUUUAUCGAUAUUUUCGUUAAUGGAGUAAAUAGAAACAGUUUAAAUUCAAGCAUAAUAUUGGAACUAAAGUGUAUAUCGUUGGUAGGUCUUCUGAGUGGAGAAGAAGGAAGAUGGAUUGAUAAUCCAGGUUAUAAAUCGUUAAUAGCAUUAGAUGCAAAACUUGAAAAAGAAACUGAAAAUGAACUAUUAAAUAGAAUUUAUUUUUAUUGGUGUAAAGAGAAAAAGAAAUGUGAAUGA